GUUCCUUAGGGGUGUGUGGAGGGGGCGGGGCAGGUGCGCUGCUGCCGCGCUGGUCCGUUGCAGCGGGGCCGGCAUGAAUGAGGCGGAGGGUCUGCGGCAGCGCCGGCCGUUCCGGCCACAGGUCAUCACCGAGGACAGUCCAGCGCAGGAGGCCAAAGAGGGCAGUGCCUACAGCAGCAAGGUGUUCCGUAUUACCUUCUUGACUUUGGCUACGUCUGUAACUGUGCCUCUGCUUGGAGUAACUGUUCUACUGGAUUGUCCUAUAGACCCUCAGCCUAUAAGUUUGAAGGAACCUCCCCUCCUGACGGGUGCACUAGAGCCCAAUGUCAAGUUGCGAAAAGCUGAGCAGUUAUGGGAAAAUCAGCUGGUCGGACCAGAGUCCAUUGUCAAUAUUGGGGUUGUUUUUACAGAUGUGCUAUUUACUGGGACAGCUGAUGGGAAGAUUAUCAAAAUUGAAGAUGGGAAAAUAAAAACAAUAGCCAGAAUUGGCCAUGGUCCUUGUGGAACCCAUGAAGAUGAGCCAACAUGUGGAAGACCACUUGGCAUCAGAGUGGGGCCAAAUAACACCCUUUUUGUGGCAGAUGCUUAUUACGGACUCUGUGAAGUUAAUCCUGGUACAGGUGAAAUGAAAAUACUUGUGUCAGCCAAAACACUGAUUGAAGGUCAGAAGUUGUCAUUUGUGAAUGAUCUUACAGUGACCCAGGAUGGGAGAAAAAUCUACUUCACAGACUCCAGUAGCAAAUGGCAAAGACGAGACUACUUAUUCUUGAUUAUGGAAGGCACAGAUGAUGGGCGCCUGCUUGAAUAUGACACAGUAACAAAAGAAGUUAAAGUCUUGAUGGUGGGACUGAGGUUUCCCAAUGGUGUCCAGCUCUCCCCUGCUGAAGACUUUGUCCUGGUGCAGGAGACAACCAUGGCUAGAAUCAGGAGGUAUUAUGUGUCUGGGCUGAUGAAGGGUGGAGCAGAUAUGUUUGUUGAGAAUAUGCCUGGACUUCCAGAUAAUAUCAGGCUGAGCAGCUCUGGAGGGUAUUGGAUAGCUAUGUCAGCUAUUCGGCCCAAUCCAGGAUUUUCUUUGUUGGAUUUCUUAUCUGAAAAACCAUGGAUUAAAAGAAUGAUAUUUAAGCUGCUGAGUCAGGAAACUGUGACAAAGUUUGUGCCCAAAUAUAGCCUUGUUGUUGAACUUAGUGAGACAGGAUCCUACAAAAGAAGCUUUCAUGAUCCCAAUGGAGUGACGGUAGCUUAUGUUAGCGAGGCCCAUGAGCAUGAUGGAUAUCUUUACCUGGGGUCCUUCCGGUCUCAAUUUAUUUGCAGACUUGAUCUUCAGCAUGUUUAACUGCCCACCCAUGAUGAAAUGCCAGUGUCCUAUAAUACUCCAGAGCUAAGAGACUGCCACUCCCAAAGGUAAGAUGAAGCACAGCUGCCUCUCCAGCAGUGGAUGCUUAAUUUGAACUGCUGCUGGGCAACCUGCUCAUCAGAAGUGAUGUUUCUGAAGCAGAACUUGAGACUUGCCCAGCCUGCAAAGGUUUGCAUUAGGAUUACUCGGAGUGGAGACCUCAGCUAUGCUGUUAAUAGAACCACCUGUCUAAAGAUCCCUGUACCUCGGCUUGGAGCCUUUCACUGGCCUUUCUUGACUGAAUGGUUUUUAUAAAGGCUGAAAGUGCAGGAGUUGCAAUAUUGCUGCAGAAAGGCAACAACUAUCAGAAGAAAAGGAGUGUUUGUGGAAAUAAAGUGCUAGGUCAGGGUCCUAUCCGUUUACAAGUGCUGGUCUGUGUAUAACUAAACAUUGCUGUUUUAAGAGAGCAGUUACCCAGAUCUUUCCAAAUAAGAGCCUUAGCCCAAUGUAAGCAAUAAUCUAGCCAUGUACAAAGAGUGAAGGCUGAAAGAAUGGUAGAUGCCCACCUAGAGCAGACCAUCAUUCUGCUAAACUGGGGCAUAAGCUGUGGUCAGACAGAAAUUAAAUGUCUUAAAUUAAUUGGAAUGACACUACAUUGUUUAACCUCAGCAAAAAUAUGCUUUGGGAAUAUGAUUUGAUUUGUCUUGACAUUUGCCAUGAUACUGUUUCAUAGUAUGGAUUAGCUUUUGAUUAAAGUAAAAGCACUAGUUAGCAUGUGUAAUUUCUGGCCUGUGAGUGUGUUUUAAGACAACCUUAUCUAUACUCUUGUUUUGAAGAAAGAACAAAUCUACCUCACACAUUGCUGGCAUAUGUGUCUAACCUUUUCUCUAGCACCGGAGACUCUUAAGACUGUUUGUUUGUUUGCCCCCCUGGGAGUGUGCAUGUAUCACCAGGCAAAAUAUCUCAUUGUUAUAAACCUUUCCUCAGUGUUGUUGUCACAUGUGCUGUGGUUUAGACUUGCUAACAUCAUAGCUGCGUGAAGAUUCAUCACAGAAUAAAGAAAGUCCAACAGAGCUUCCUAAGUGUUUUCACACUGCUUGGAAACUUCAACCAGAGGAUGGAUGGUGCCCCACUGAAUGAAUGACAACACACGCAUCUGCAGUUUAGUUUUAGAAAAACAGAUGUACAACUGGAUAGCAAUAUUCAGUCAAGGCAGGUCUUGUCUUUUUCACACAGAUUUUGAGCAUCUUUCUCAGGGAGAAAAAUAAGCAUGUGCUUUGCAAGAAAAGCUCUGUGGUGAUUCUGUACAGCUGUUUCCCACUUCAGUUUUGGCCUCAACAGUCCAGGCAAGGAAAUACUCGUGGUGGUGAUAGAUCCCCUGUAAGUCAGGCUUUCAUGUAGGGAGGUGAGUCAGCGACAGAGAGCAACAGGGACAUGUGCUUUAUGUAACCAAGGUGUUAUCCAGACCUCAAAAUAGCAUCUCAGCAUCUGCAAACAAAAGGGAUAUUGGUGACAAAGUUCAGGUGGCUGCUGGUUGGUCUCAGCAUUGUGGGCCAUGAUGGGACAGAACGCCAUCUUUUUGUCUUCACCUUUUAUCCUCUGAAAAGUACUGCUUGCUAAGUAAUCAUACUUUAGUGGGAAAGCCCUUGUUUGGAUUUCCCCCACCCAGGAAAUCUCUCUACUUAGCAUGUACUCUAUUUUGCAUUAUUUCACUCACUAAUCCAGGAAAAUGGGCUAGAUGUCUGUCUGGUUCCACUCUUUGCCAUCAGAAGCUGGCCUUGGAUGCGUGAGAGGUACCACACUGCUUAUACUGGUCACCCUGCCUCAGCUAGCUCUGCACAGAGGAGGUCUGUACAUCUGAGGGGACAUGACAGAGCUAGUCUGAAGGUGACUAUACAGCUAGAGAUGGCCAAGAAUCACCUGCAGUUACUGGGUACCCCAAAGGAAUUGUACACAUACCUGUUGCAGGUUUUUUUUCCUCUGGAAGUUACAACUGUCCAGGCCAGAGUGUUCCCUCUUCUCACACACCGUGCGUUCAAUUUCCACAUGGAGCAUGUAUUUCAGCCCUCUGACAAUCUAGAUAAAAUAGUUUAAUUCUUUAAAGUAAGAGCAGGGAAAAGGGAUGGUAGGAUUUUGGCUAAGAAUUAAGUUCUACAUCUGUGAAUUGUGUGUGGUGGUGUGAAAGUGUUUUAUGUUGAAUUACUGGGAAGUGGAGGCCCUCCUGUGAAGCAGUUGAAUGGGAUAGAGUGACAUGUGCUGUUUAUCUUUAGGCAUGCAUAGCCAUCCUGAGAAGGAUCAGGGCUCUUGCGUGCUCUAUAGGAGGGUCAAUGGUAAAUGGUUUGGAGGACCCGCAGAAGUCUGGGCUCUUCUUACCUGUACCAGGGCUCUGUUUAUUUGUGAUUCCUUAAACAGAAAGAGGUCGUUGGAACUGUUGUUGUAUCUGUAAACCCCAAAGCGAGCUGCCUUGCGGACCCCAGGAUUGUUGGUGUUCACUGGGACAGGGGAGCCAGGUGUCAUAGUCGAAUGAGGUGGCGGUACAUACAUAGCUGAAACAACACAAAAUGUGAGUGCAAAACACAUCAGGUGCCUGAAAGAGUGGGAGUUUCAGCCCUCUGAAACAAUGCUAAACCUUCUUACUUGUCCCAUGCACUUGUGCUUCAGAAGGGCUCUGCUCAUAUCCAUUAUAAAGUAGUUUUCCUUUAUGUGUUUGAAAUGGUGAAACAAUUCUGUGGAAUGAAGUGACAGAAAAAGACACUGCUAGAAGUGGUAGCAGAGUUCAAACUGACUUAGAAGAAGCCAGGGUAUCAUAAAUAUUAUUUAGAAUGUCUCUGGUAUGACUCCCAACUUGUAGAAGGCCCAACUUUGAAUAUAGUUAUGAAGCUAGAUCCUGUUGUCAGGAGUACAGCAUAAUUUUGAUAACAUAUCAAACAUUGGCUGUCAGAGCCCUGCUGUUCCUAGUUGUCAUGCCAAGUUUAACUUGCAGACAUAAGUCUUUCCCACCCCCCUUUAAUCCUUUGAUGGCAUCAUAAAGUUUUUAUUUUAGGGGAACUUUGGUGGUGACAAAGGUAUGGGGAAAGAUACCCUCGCUCUACGUAUUGACAAAGGAGAGAGUAUCCCUGUUCUCCAACUGGGCAGGGAGUGGCCUGGGGCAGAACUUGGACUCCACUGUCCUGGAGAAUGGGCUGCUUUAGGUGUUCAAGAGCUGUUGUCCUGACGCAAGUGCCAAGGACCAUCUUAUUAUCACAGCCAUGAAGUGGAGGAACAAGGUAUGUAGGAAAUGGAGGCUGGGGGGUGGAGAGGGGAACCCAAGAGCUUUCAAGCUUGGGCAAUUCUUUCUACACGGUCCUUAUUACUUUAUAUUCUUACUUGGUUAUAUGGCUAUGGCUUGCUUGGUUUUUUUUCAGUAAUUUAAAAGAAGCUCAAAGCUUACAGUUGAUAUAAUUAUUUCCUCCUCUUUUACAUUUGCCUUCCCCUCCAUUUUCCCCUUUCUGCAAUAGAAACAAGAGAAAGAAAUCCUCAACCUGCGCAAGUCGCUGUGCAGCCACUGAUGCCAAGAUCUGCCGGUGCAGGAGGCAGCCCUUGGAGUUCAUGCUGUGUGUAGGCAGUGAGCCUGUGGUGCAUGUACACACAAAUGUGUGCACAGAGCUGGUACUAAAUUUGCUGUGAAAGUCAAGCUUUUUAUCACCUCCAGGUUUUUUUUCACAGCUAGAUCUCUCAUAGAGAGAUGCAUGAAGCAUAGACUCUGUUUUUAAGCCAGUUUGUAUUGGGAAAACCCAAGCAGAAGAGGGAGGGGCAACCUGAUGACCCAGAGUUUAUUUAAAAAAAAUAAAACCCCAACAUUGCAUGCCAUCAUUGGCGUAGAAGGCUGCAAUAAUUCAGCUCUUGGGUUGCUGACAUAUGUCCUAGUUACACCAUCUCAUCCUCCCCCACAGGUGAUAAUGGCUGCACCCCCUUGUAACAUGGCUCAGGGAUUAAAGUCUUGACCUGCAAAGGAGAGACGCAGUUCCACGUCCUUCCUAAACCCAAGGACAGAAUCAUAGAAUAAUUUUGGUUGGAAGAGACCCUUAAGGUCAUCGAGUCUAACCAUAACCUAAAUAUGGCACUAAAUCCUGUCCCUAAGAGGGGGAUACCUCCAGGAAUGGCGACUUAACCACUUCCCUGGGCAGCCUGUUACAAUGCCUGUUACAAUGCUUCUUCAUUAGCUUGACCCUUAAGGGCCAUUACCUUAAAAAGUUGAAUGUGUGUAAGGUGAUGACCCCACUCCAAGAGCAAAGCAAAAUGGUCCAGAGGGUCAGAUAACAGUGCAAGGCUCUAGGCAAACCAAUACUGGUGAAAACACUUGUAGUCCAGGCCUCGGUGGGAACAGAAGCACUGCAUGAUCUGGCCAGGUACCUAUAACACACAGAGGCUCAAAGAAUGUGAUCUCACAACCUGGGAAAAACAUCUCUUACUGCUCCACAGGGAGAUGCUUAUGUCCAGAGAACUUGUAUUUCAGACUCCAUCCUUGCUUCUGGAUUUGGAAAUGCCAAGAGAGAGCAGAAAAAUCUGUCCUUUCUGUGAGAUGGCGUUAAGGUAGACUGUUUUUCUUACUCUGAGUUAACAUGUUGAAUGUUUUAUUAAAAGGCCCCCUCUUCUACUUUCCUCAUUAAGGAAUAAUUUUGGGGCUCUAUUCCCGCAGUAUGAGAAAACAAUCCUGUGGAUGCUCUCUCCCAGUCUGCAGCAAAGCUCACAGGCAGAUUGUAACAGGUCGCCUUUUUUUUUUUUUUUUUUCAUGGGUUGCUUUCAAAAUCUCUCCAUUACUAGGGGCAAGGCUAUGCUUUAUCUGUACAUUUAAGAUGUGACAGAGUUCCUGUAUGCUUCUGCAACCCCAAAAGGAAACCACAGCCGAAACAAAAAGCUAAUGGCUAACCAGGCAGGAUCCCUGAGUGCAUCAGUACUUUCUGUAUAUGCAAGCCAAAGUAAAACUGAAGGAAAGCUAAAACCUUCAGAAUGAAAUCGCUCCUGUCUGCAGCUGCCAUUCUAAAGAUUUAAGGCCAGCUGCAAUCAAGAGAGUUUCCUUGCUCAGUAAAGAAAGAAAUUAUAUGGAGUAAUGUUUCAUUAAAGUCAGAUAAUCAGCACUUAAGUUCACAUCUGAACAUAGCAGUCAUAUUGUUGCCCACAGUCUUUAGAUUUAAUAAUCAAGGUCAUGCAGAGUUUAAGCCCUGACAACUAAGUUAAAACCGUAAGUUAACUUUAAAAUCCUUAGAUUAUGUCCCUAGAUAAUGGAAAAGGGCUGUUUUCUACUAUUACAUUAGAAAGCCACACUCACGGGAUAAAGAAAGCAGGAAUUAUUUUCCACUCUUACCAUCUGAAGUCCUGGCGAAGCCCCAGAGUGCACAACAGCAGAGUGUGGCGAAACUGCAGGUGAAGUUCACUGCCAUCUCCAGUACUUCGGAAGAGGAGCCUACCAGUGAGAUGAGUGACGGGUGAGACAAGUGACGGUCCUGCUUCCUGCCAGGGGAAGAUGUGCCUCUUUGCGUGUUCUUAUUGGCUGGAAGGGAAGAAAAAAAAAAAAGAAAAAAAAAAAAAAAACAGCACAACACCCUGAACCCCCCUGAAUCAUUGCAGCUCUGAUGCAGACUUUGUUUUCUGCUGAUGACCAUAUGCCUUGAAGCCCAGCUGCAAAGCUCUGGCUUGGUGAUAACAGCACCAGUCCUGCAUCAGACAGGGACUUCAUGAUCCUUAGGGGUUCUGCAGAAGCAUGUGUAGUGUAACACCAGAAAGUGGUGUGUGGGUGAGGAGAGUAACAGUUGUGUGCUUUAAGAUCCAUGGGGAAAUUUAGUUCUCAAGAAAUGGGCAGUGAGCCCUGGGGAUGUAGUUCUUGACCUGUGUAUGGGCAUCUGUGGGGGAAGAAGCCUGACAGAGAAGAUGGGAUCAGUGCCUUGCUUCCCCUGACAUGGAGAUGUGGGGUUUGGGUGAGGGAGACAGGGACGUUUUAGGGGUACCUCCCCAAGGGGGCUGUAUGGAACAGAGCCAGCUGGAAGAGCCUUUUGGUUUCGGUGGUAGAGAACACUGUGCCCCACAUUUAUGAAACGUGUUUUGACAAUAAGAAAGGGCUGUGUUAGACUCAGAGGAAGUGAAGUUUUCUCUAGGUGCUCUCCAGAGAGUAAGAGAAACAUGGGGAGAUGGGUCAUUUGCCACUCUGUAACUUUUUGGCUCUGGGGUUGGAUUACCCAGGGUCAGUGCUUGGUUUCCAGACAGGUCCUCUCCAGGCAGUCUUGGCCCAUGCUGAGGAGCUUGCAAGUCUGCGGCAAGGAUGUGGUUGCUAGACCUUGUGGUACUCCUAAAUAACCAGCUGCCAGACUCAGGAGACUGGGAGAUAACCUGAACUCACGCAUCACUGAAGGGCUGGAAGCUGUGGACCUCAGUCUGCAUAUGUGCAUUUCUUUCAGGUGAGCAGGAAGGUGGUAGUUGCCUUUUACUUGCCCCAGCAAUGAACUGUGUACCUUUCUGAGCAAAGACUGCCUGAAAGUUCUAAUGCAGGGCAGUGUGGGUGGUGCAUAAGAAGCUGGAAGAAAAUAAUUUCAGUGUUUCCUGUAGGAAGGGUUUAGGUAAACCCUCUGUUGAAACAUCCCACCAAGACGGAAUGGGGCAAGCAUGGUGAGUCGCAUUUAUCAUCAGUCCUACUUGCACAGAGCUUGUGAAUCAGACUCUAAAGCCUUCAGAAAACAUUGAGAGAGAAUGAGAGGGACUACAGUGGGGGUUUUUUGCCUCCUUUCCCCCCUUUUUUUGAGCUCGCACAAUCCUUCAACUGUGGCACAAAUAGAGACUGAAUUGGGUAUCUUCAGCCCUCCCUUUCUCCUCAAGAACUGUGCUCUGCAGUUCUUACCUCACUGAGAGUCACUGGGGGAAUGUCUUUCUAAGCCUAUAGUUAAGUCUUUCAACAUACAAGAAAGGGGUGUUUGGGACCCUUGUCACCAGAUCCCGACACAUCCUGACUGUUGCAAGAACCUGUUUGUCACCCUGCCACAUGAUGCACCAGAAAGGAUUUCAGGCUUCCUGCAGGACCUUCAUCCCUCUUUUUUUGCUAGUGAGUUCACAGCCUUUCGAUUUAAGUUGAAAGAGGCACAGUAUGAGGGAUUUGGGGAGAUCUUUGUAGAGCAUAGAUUCUUUCCUUGCUUAAAAAAACUGCCUUGGGACACCACUGGGUGGGGACAGAUCCCAGGGGCAGUAGACCUGUUUUCAGCCUCAUCCAAAAUAGCAAUGCCUUGGUCUCACCUAGGAGGUUGCCUGUAGUUUUGAUGGACCAGCUCUUGGGCAUAUGAUGGUUGGUGCCCUGGGGCAAAGGGGUACAUCCUCUGGCUGUCAGGGCACCGGUACCCAUGGUCUUAUGCAAAUCUGGCUUGUGCUGCCUUCUGCCUGUCCUGCUGCGGUAGCAUCUGUGCUGCCACAGACUUCGUCCUGGGGAGCUCAGGACCUGCUCUAAGACCUUUUCUUUCCUGAAGAGCACUGGUUCACUGUUGACGGGGUUUAUUAAGCCAGCAAACUUAAAGCAGCAUGUGUCUCAGUGCCCGAGGUCAGCUGAUCGGAGCCGUUUCAGUGGAUCCCGAGGUACCGGGUGGUUCUGCGGUUCCUCGAGUUUGAAUUUCGCGUCCCGGAAGCCCCCGGCAGCCCUUGCGAGAGCGGCUGACGGGACGUGGGCGUUACCGCGGUGACGGUUAUCACAGCCCCGCCCCUCUCCUUGAAAAAGCCUCCUAGAGGGCAACGACGCGUCACCGGCGACACCAGGCGCUGGGAGGAACAACCAGCUUGUGAUGCGGGUGAGUACCACCCACACUGAGCUGCAGCAGCGGGUGUGGUAGCUCGUGUAGUAGGGCGCAGAGGUUGCCACACCUUGUUAGACCCUCUCACCUAUUGCCAGUGUCCUAGACUGCUGCCGACCAUGGCCUCCUCCAGAAAGAGAGCUUGUCACAAAAAGACUGUGGCAACUCAGACAGAGGCCCUGCCCCAAACUGUGGCUGUUCAGGUCUCCGGCUGCAGGGAGUGCCAGAGUCUACUGCUGCCAGGGGAGGAUGGCCAGCAUUCCACCUGUGUGAGGUGUGAGCAGGUGCAAGGUCUGCUCAGCAUGGUCACGAAAUUUAAGGAGGAGGUUGAGACACUGAGGUCCAUCAGGGAGUGUGAAAAGGAGAUCAACUGCUGGAGUAACUCCCUGGCAUGCCAGCCAGAAAUGUCCCAGGGAGAUGACCCCCAAAAUGUGAUGGAACCCCUGCCCUGUCCGGGCAGAGGGGGGAGACCCGAGACAGCCCCUGCCCUGUCACUGUCAAGCAGAGGUAGGGGACCAAAGAGAUGACGAGGGUUGGAAGCAAGUUCCAGUUUGGUGUCAUGGGCAACCCCCCUCCCUACCUGCUUUGCUUCCCCAGGUGCCCCUCCAUAGUAAGUUUGAGGCCCUGGAUCUUGAAGAAGAGGUAGGUGAGGAUGUGGUGCAAGGCCUGCCUACAAGGUCACAUAGGAAGAGGCAGUUGACUCCACGCCUCAAGACUGCCUCUGAUAAGAAAGAAAUAAGGGUAAUUGUAGUAGGCAAUUCCCUUCUGAGAGGGGCAGAGGACCCAAUAUGCAGAGUUGACCCUCAUCGUAGGAAAGUUUGUGGUUUACCUGGAGCCUGGAUCAGGGCACUCCCCAACCUGGUGCAUCCAGCAGAUUACUGCCCACUGCUGAUCCAGACAGAUGGGGAGGGAGCUGCAUCCUGCGGUCUGAGGGGAAUCAAGAAAGAUUUCAAGGCCUUGGGACGGAUGGUGAAAGAGUCUGGGGCUCAAGUGAUUUUUCUCUUCCCUCCUUCCAUUUUCGGGUGACGAGGUGGGAUGGAAUAGAAAAAUUCAGUCCAUAAAUGGUUGGCUACAAGACUGGUGCUACAGGCAGGGCUUUGGAUUCUUUGAUAACAGCUUUGAUAAGACACCAGUCCAGACACUGAUACGUGGGAAAGUUUUAUCUCUCAUGGGCAAAAGGAUGCUGGGGCAAGAAUUAGCAGGGCUCAUUUGGGGAGCUUUAAACUAGAUUUGAAGGGGGUGGGGUUGUAGCUGGGCUUGCAUCAGUGGGGCAGCACUCUAGAAUUGGUGAAGACCGGGAGGCCUCCCAUAACCCUAGGGUGAAAUCAGUGUGCUCAGCUUGCUCCCUGAAAUGCCUCUACACCAACGUGUGCAGCAUGGGGAAUAAACAGGACGAAUUAGAAACCUGUGUUCCAUUAGGGGAUUAUCAUCCGAUGGCAAUUACAGAGACAUGGCGGGACAGCUCACGUGACUGGAAUGUGGUCAUGGAUGACUAUGUCCUUUUUAGGAAAGACAGGCCAGCCAGGCAUGGUGGUGGAGUUGCUCUUUAUGUGAAAGAACAACUACAAUGUAUUGUACUGUCAAGGCAUGGAUGAGGAACGAGUUGAGAGUCUAUGGGUGAGAAUUAAGGGGCAGGCUGGCAGGGGUGAUACUGUUGUGGGUGUUUAGUACAGGCCACCAGAUCAGGGUGAGGAAGUUGAUGAGGCCUUCUACAGGCAGCUGAGAGCAGCCUCACAAUCACAGGCCCUGGUUGUCGUGGGGGAUUUUAACUUCCCUGAUGUUUGCUGGAAGGACUACUCAGCCAGCCAGCCACAGUCUAGGAGGUUCCUCCAGUGCCUUGAUGAUAACUUUCUGGUGCAAAUGGUGGAUGAGCGAACUAGGAGAGGAGCGCUGCUGGACCUCAUCCUCACUAACAAGCAGGGUCUGGUUGAGGCACUUAAGGUUGAGGGCUGCCUUGGUUGCAGCGACCAUGAGAUGGUGGAGUUCAGGAUCUAUUGUGGCAGGAGCAGGAUAGCAAGCAGAAUGCCCUGGGGAGCCCUGCACCCCUGAGACCCCGGAUGAAGCCAGGUCAAUGGAGGAGUUUGCUUUAGUUGAUGAGGACUGGGUUAGGAAGCAAUUAAAUAGUCUGGACAUCCAUAAAUCCAUGGGUCCAGAUGGGAUGCAUCUGCAGGUGCUGAGGGAGCUGGCUGAAGUCAUUGCUGGACCGCACUCCAUCAUCUUUGCCAAGUCUUGGGAAACGGGAGAGGUGCCUGAGGACUGUAGGAAAGCAAUAUCACUCCAGUCUUCAAAAAGGGCAAGAAGGAGGACCCAGGUAGCUAUAGACUGGUCACCCUCACCUCCAUCCCUGGGAAAGAGAUGGAACAACUUAUCCUUGGUGCCAUCUCAAGGCAUAUCAAGGAUAAGAGGGUCAUUAGGGGCAGUCAACAUGGCUUCACCAAGGGGAAGUCAUGCUUAACCAACCUCAUAGCCUUUUAUGAGUACAUAACCAGGUGGAUAGAUGAUGGCAGAACGGUGGAUGUGGUCUGCCUUGACUUCAGUAAAGCAUUUGACACAGUUUCCCACAGCAUCCUUGCUGCUAAACUGAGGCAGUGUGGUCUGGACGAUGGGAUAGUGAGGUGGACUGUGAACUGGCUGAAGGAAAGAAGCCAGAGAGUCAUGGUCAAUGGGGCAGAGUCUAGUUGGAGGCCUGUAUCUAGAGCAGUCCUUCAAGGGUCAAUACUGGGAUUAGUAUUAUUCAAUAUAUUCAUCAAUUAUUUGGACGAGGGAAUAGAGUGUACUAUCAGCAAGUUUGCUGAUGACACUAAGCUGGGAGGAGUGGCUGACAGGCCAGAAGGCUGCGCUGCCAUCCAGCGAGACCUGGACAGGCUGGAGAGUUGGGCGGGGAAAAAUUUAAUUAAACAUAACAGGGGCAAGUGUAGAGUGUUACAAGAACAGCCCCAGGUUCCAGUAUAAGUUGGGGAAUGACCUGUUAGAGAGCAAUGUAGGGAAAAGGGACCUGAGGGUCCUGGUGGACGGCAGGAUGACCAUAAGCCAGCACUGUGCCCUUGUGGCCAGGAAGGCCAGUGGCAUCCUGGGGUGUAUUAGAAGCGGGGUGGUUAGUAGGUCCAGAGAGGUUCUCCUUCCCCUCUGCUCUGCCCUAGUAAGACCACAUCUGGAAUAUUGUGUCCCAUUCUGGGCCCCUCAGUUCCAGAAGGACAGGGAACUGCUGGAGAGAGUCCAGCGCAGAGCCACAAAGAUGAUUAAGGGAGUGGAGCAUCUCCCGUAUGAGGAAAGGCUGAGGGAGCUGGGUCUCUUUAGCUUGGAGGAGACUGAGGGGUGACCUCAUUAAUGUUUAUAAAUAUGUAAAGGGUGAGUGUCAUGAGGAUGCGCCAGGCUCUUCUCAGUGACAACCAAUGAUAAGACAAGGGGUAAUGGGUGCAAACUGGAACACAAGAGUUUCUGCUUAAAUAUGAGAAGAAACUUCUUCUCAGUGAGGAUAACGGAACACUGGAACAUGCUGCCCAGGGAGGUUGUGGAGUCUCCUACUCUGGAGACAUUCAAAACCUGCCUGGACACAUUUGUGUGUAGCCUCAUGUCCUGGUUUUGUUAAAAACAAGUUUAUCUUUUAGUGAAUUUGCCUGUCAGCUAAAGCCUUCAUAUUAGCUGCAUUUUCCUGGAGAACCAGAUACAUGUUUUGGUAAACAUAGCAAUGGAAUGCAAAGUUAUUGAUAAGCAUGGAUGCACCUCUCGCGAGAGGGGCAACGAGAAACUGGUGACCGAGAAACUGACCAACUGAGUAUAACAUCCCAUUCAUGUGAAUACUUUAUAUGAAAGUGGGAGAUCAGGAAGAUCUUGUCCCUUUUCCUUAGGGCCGACAUUAGGAGAGGACCUUGCUAGUCAUCCCCACAAACUGAGGCCUAGUGACAGACUGAAUACAGCUCUGGUUGGCUGCAGAGUCCAAUCCAGGAUUUUGGGUGCCAGCUCUGCAGUUGCUCGGACUUUCAAGAUUGGUUUUGUAUAUUUUGUAUUAUUUUCUCUAUUCUUAUUAGUAGCAUUAGUAAAACAUUUUUAAUUUUUCCAACUCUCUUCUCUCUCUCCUCCUUUCCCUCCCGAUUGCCUGUCCUUAGUGGAAAGGAGGGAGAGGGAGGGGUGGAGGGGAGAGGAGGUCAGCAAUACAUCUGCCACAGCUUUAUUGUCACCCCAUAAUCAAAACCUCGACACCUCAUCUAUGUGUUCCUGCUCCAGCAGGGGGAUUGGACUAGAUGAUCUUUUGAGGUCCCUUCCAAUCCCUAACAUUCUGUGAUUCUGUGUCAGCUGAGGGCACAUUUUUCCUGCCACCUUCCCUCUCCCCUUCUUUCCAUAAAAUUGAUCAUUUACAGCUCUUCCAAAUCAACUUUUCUUUUUUCUAAUGACCCAUUGAUAAUUUUGUUGAGGAAGUUUCUCCAGUUCAUCUCUCCUAAAAAUUAACAGAGUGCUCACUAAAGAGCAGUGGUAUUAACUGCACUAGAUACUGUUAUGUAAACAAACAAAACCCCAACACCAAGAAACUCCCUCUCUCUCCUGCCUCCCAAUAACUGACAAACAAUAGCAAAAUCCUCCAAGCCCAUGAUAUACAAAUACUUGUUAUUUUUCAUUGGGAAUUUCUACACUGUGGAGGAACCUAUGACUGAAGACUGGUACUGUUGUCCCUUUGCCAUGUCUCAUUCUGGCCACUUGUCAGCUCUUGGGACACUGCUCUCUGCUACACAUAAAUCUGCAGGAGUGGAGCAGCAUGUUAUCUCAUUUGACAUUCAGCCCAGGAAAAUAAGGCAGAUCCUCUUCUCAUUUCAGCUCCCUCAGGGUCACUGAUGGGAAUUUCACCCACUUCCCUGGAAUACACGUGUAGACCAUCUCCUCCAGACCAACACGGGGUACGUGGUGCACACUAUGGAGAGGUUUUCACUCUCUAAAUUUCCCAUUAUGUGGCUGUUCCUGUGUGAGCAGAAAUCCUGAACAGGGAGAGGAUGAAUGUAAGCAGGCAAGGAAAGGCUCACUGAUUAUCCCAGAGUAAACAGAGCAUUUGCUUUAAGCAGUUUAAAUCAAGCUUAUGAUCUCUGCAUUAAGAGAGGUUAAACAGAUCUUUAAGAGACUUGCAUGCCUUAAGAAUCCUCAUGUUCAUUUUUGUGUGAGUAGGGAAUGUUUAUUGUAAGUCAUGGGAAACCCAAGUGUGCAAGAGAGUUUUUCAUUUUAUCUUUGUUGGGCUGGAUUAUUAGAGGCUUGGAAACAGUGUGCAACUGCAGGGUUUUUGGUUUGUUUUUUUUUUUUAAAGCUUGACUUUCAUUAUCUGUAAAUAAAAUAUACAAUUAUUUCCUCCUUAUCUAUUGAAGAAGUAAAACCAUAGUACCUGAAGUUCGAUUUUCAUGACAUUUGGUGCAUAAGGUGGAUUUUUUUCAGCAUCACUUUUUGUUUCUGUCAUUCAAGGCAGACCUUUGCCCACAAAGCACAAGCCAGUUGUUGCUACCAUGACUUCCUGGAAUAAUACCAGUAGGGUCUGCACAGGGUCCUGUUGGAGUUACACACUUGUAAAUGCAAUCAGCAUUUUGUGAGCCAACACAGGCAGGUUGCAAGAACAACUAGAGGCCACAAAUGCAAUUGCAAAGAGCAAAUUUAUUUAGUUACCUUGCUAGCAGGGGAUCUCAGAGGGCAGAGGUGACACAAGUGGGGAUGCAAAUGCUGCAGAAUCGCUGGUACAAGAUCACUGGGCCUGCUGUGUUUUCCUGUAUUUCAAGGCUUCAAGCACCUACAGUCUUAGGCUGUGCUCUGCUCUUUCUCACAACAAAGCAGGAAUUUCAGCCACAGUGAUGAGGUGCCUUAGAGUUUCUCACAAGCCUAUGUUAUCUAACACAGAGGUUCUACUUGUCAAGCACACAAGGUCAGUAAAACAAUUAGUGUGAUGUAUGUGCUUUUUUCUACACCACAGCUUCAAAUCACUUGAGUGUAUUUACAAAUUCCUCUCCUCACUAUUCUUACGCUAUUCUGAUACAUUCCACCCCCUCACUAAAGCAACUGCUUCUGCUGAGGCCAGCAAAACCAGAGUUGUUCAUUUGGGCUUGUGAAGUGUAGCACAGAGCAAUUUACCAAGUCACACAAUAAACAUAUGCAGAAAAAGGAAAAAAUGCAUUUCUGCAACACUUCUUUAAAUUGGGUGUCCCAUUCAUCUUGUCAAUGAAACAAUCUACUGAUAAUGCAUGGCUGAAUGACUCGACUGUUUCAUUGCUGCUUUAGUCCCAAAGAUGUGAAAUGUUGUCUUCCAUGCUGGCUAGUUCAUCAUGCAUGUUGAAGAAACACCUGCCUUCAGAAUUGAAGCAUUUGCAGCCACUACCUACUCAGAGAAAACAACAAAAAGAAACAUUAAUGUCAAAAUCCCUUAGCAUUGCACAAUUCUGUAACACAGCUACUGGGGUUGUCACACUACUGAAACACAUUGUUAAGAGAUCUGCAUUCAUUAAUUUCUUCUAAACAUUAAAGGCAAAUGUUUUGGGUGCAGUAGAGGCUGAACAAAUCUAAGUUCACCAGGACAAAUCUAAGUUAAUCAACAGGAGUGUUAUCACCUUCCAGUAAUACAUACACUGCUGCUCCACCUCCUUCAGCUGGUAUUACCCCAGGUUUAACAAGCUGGUGUGGGUUAAUUGACCACACAGACUGGAAAGCUGUGCCCUGCAUUUUUUCAGAUUGGACUGCAAUUAGAUGUUGUGUCUGUGACACCAAUAACGUUGUUCCAAUACUGUCUCUUCUAGCUAAAGCAAGGUGUUCACUGAUACCUGAAAUAUAAGAACUUGAGAAUCUGAUAUUAGCAAAGAAUGUAACAUAAGAGGAGAAGUCAGGGUAUAAAUCCUUACAGCAUUCUCUGGAGUCAUAUGAAUUUCUACAUCGAAUCGGCUGCAGUCCCACUUCACAAUCCAUUGGUGUGAAUCAUUCCAUUUCCCCAGAUGUUAGUCCUAACACUGUACCCACAGCAGUGUAUACAUAUUGCCAACCACUAGAUGGGAUUAGGAGUCUGAUAUAAUUGACCUGACAGAUAUACAAAGCCCACUGACCCCCUUUUAUGUUUCCCCAUGGCCAACAUAGUGCCCUUAAAUGUAACUGUGUACAAGUAGCACAAUGAUGUGCUCAUGUUUUACAAGUAUAUAUAAAAUAGCAAAGCGGUUUGUGAGCAAUGUUCCAUGCACAAGCAGUAUAAGAUGAUCCAUGUCUACAGGCUGUAUGUAAACAGACAUUUUUAUGCUAGAGCAUGAAUGUGCACUUCAUGUGCUUAUUUCUGUAAACAGAUGCGUAUGGGGUGUGCUUACAGAAGUGUGCAUGUGUGUGGACACACAUUUGCUUAUAUAUCAAUGUGUGAACAGGUACGUGCUUUCCUGUAGCUGCGUAUGCAUGCAGGUGGUGGCGUGUACACAUACCUGUCUGUUUGUGGAAACAUUUCUUCAUGUGUUUCAGUGAGGAAUCCUAGGUGUGCAUGGGAACACAUACAAGGGAGAGCAACUAGGCUCAAAGAAAGCAGACUGUGAGUUUUCCUACACAUUCUGUUUCUUUCAGCAUAGCUAGUCGUACCAAGAAAAAUCACUAAGCCUUUGAUCUGCAAGAGAAAUACAACAAAACAUGCCACAUGGAGUAAAUUUAAUUUCUGCACACCAGUGCAGAUGUACAUAUGUGGCAACAUUAACACACCUGCUUGUUGACAGAAAGACCUGUACUCACGUGCAUGUGGAGAAAUGGAUAGAUACCCCAGGCGCGUACACACACACACAAACAUUUAGGCAAGAGUCUGCCGAGGGAAACAGAAUAGCAAAACUUCCACUUCUGCUGCUUCUGUGUUGGUUCCUUAACUUUAUCCGCCCACAUGAAAAAAGCAGGCUUGUUCAACCACAAGUAGGCAGAACAGCACAGCUGUGCACUCACCAGCAUAUAUAUGCAUAAGAGAUCACUUAAACACACAGACAGAGAAAAACAUAGAAGCUUUCACACACACUAGCAGAUGGGCACCGCAGGCACGUAACCCACAGGCACCCCCCCAAAUAUUUAUUGCUGUGUGUGCAGAAUCACAUGUUUAUUCUCAGAAAGGUACAAAAGUGCCUAUCACAGACAAGCUUUUGAAGACAAUCUCUGAUCUUCUUUUAUGAUAAAACCAUUAUAGAUGUAUUUUUUCUUUUAGACCUACUGCUAAGCAUUCUUCGUGUGUGAGAUUCUGGCAAGAGAAACAGAUGACGAAGAUCAACUUUGAAUUCCAGAACAAACAGCUUUAUACCCUUGCAGUCAUGUAUGCCUGUGUGCAAAAGCAAAAAAAAAAUGUACACACACGUGAGAACACUCACAGUUGUCCAUACACCCACAUAUCAGGCAUACGCUUCUGCACCCACUCUCCAUUGCUCUUUGCCAAUAUGAGCCCAUUGAUUACAUUUCUCUUUGAGCGCUACUGCUAAGUAUUGUUCUUUGUGUGACUGUAAAGAGUCUACCAAGGAAAACGGGUGCAUGGCACAACUUUCAGUUCUGCUUUCUUGUUUCUAAACCUUUCCUGGAAGCUAUCUGAAAUAGAGAAAAAAACUUAACAGCAAAGUCAGUUAUACUGUUAAACAGGCAUUCCUUAGUAACAGCACUGGGGAACAGUGGGGAUUAUCCACCUGAAGUGCUCCAACAACUGGACGCUCCUCUGUUGCUUAUAUUCACACAAUUAUUGCAUAUUCAUUUCAGUUUUUGGAAAUUUUUAACAUACAUCUAUACUAAAAAAGAGUUGCUUAAACAUAAGGUUAGUACAGCCUUAGUUAUUUCACAGUCUUUGCUGCUAUCUAGCAUGCUUUUCAGGUACUGCAUACUCUUUUGAGGAGGCUUCUCAGGGUCUUUUGAUGUGUCACAGACCGACCUCUCCACAUUGGCAGCUCUUUGCGGAAGCACACAUAGUACACACGCAAGUAAUUGAUGAGUUUUUUCUUAGAAUACAUCUAUUAAUUACUAGUAAAAUAUAAGCGAAGCACUCUGCUUCUAAACAAUGUAUCACUUAAUCUUCUAUCUCCCUCUUGUCAUGCAGAAGGAUCUAAAACUUGAAAAAUAUCCCCUCAUUUUGCAGGUGGUCAGAAAGCAUUUACCAUGUCAAUUGGUUAAUGAUGGGUACGUCCUUUGUAACUUAAUCACAGUAUACAUUAAUUUAGCACCUUCUCUUCAUAUUGCUUGUGUGUCCACAUGCAAGCACAGGAGAGGUCAGCUACACACAUAAAUAAGCUUCUGUAUAAACACACAUGCAUGUGCACAGACACGGACCAACACAUACGCAUGUCCACACACAGGAACACAUCCAAAAGCAUCACUACCUGCGUGUAGAAACAUACAACCAUGUGUACCUCUGGUGCAGCGGAGGAUCACACUGCUAGGCAGCAAACACAUUCAAUUAAUUUGCCAGGCCUCAGAGGACACUGGAGACGGGAAGUAAUUCAGAGACAGCAUCCAGGUACACACCCAGGUGGAUGCUUACCAAGGACUGCUUCUUGCAGGCUGAAGUCAUUGUCUUUGCAUGACAAUCUCCAGGUCAGAUUGUCUUCAUUUCAGUGAAUUCAAUCCCAAAACCAGUCAUUGCUGAAGCUCAGUCCCACACGAAACACUUCUGAAUGCAAUGGUCACCUUGCUUCAACUGGCCUCCAGUGCAACAUGAAUACACCAGCCAGGAGACAGCAUCAGCCUUGCAGCAAGCAAUCUGUAGCCCUGGGAAAUGGUGGCUCACCUUUGUUGCUUGUCAGGAUGGGCCCAGGAGGAACCUUCAUCCCUGCUAACUCACCCCACUGGAGGGAGAGAAGGAAGGUAAGAAUUGCAAACACAGAGGAAAUAAUAAUUAAAAAAAAAAAAAAUCAUCUAUGCCUGCUACUUCAACAUAAUAAGUUUCCUGCUUCAACUGACAGAACAAUUAAGUUGAGGAGUGGGUGUGGGGAUGAUCAGGUGUCCGGUCCAGAGAGACAAAUCAGUUAAAAUGCUGCAGAAGCCCAACAACCACAGAGCUGUAUGUGCUUGGUCCCUCUCAGGACCUUGCCUGUUCUUCCACGGCUGACUUUUGUAUUUCAGGUAAACACCACAACCAGGAUUGCAUCAGCCAGGCUGUGCCUGGCACAAAGGGAAUUGGGGACUACACACCAUCUAAAGCCAUUUUUGCCUUCUCUUUAUUAAAGAUUGUGUCAUUUAUUUACAGGCAGAACCAGAGGCUCUGAAAGGAAACAGAAGAUGGAGGAGAGGUAUAAAUCUGCUGUGAAAGGUCUGUGGAGAAAGUAGCUGAAAAAUGCCUUUGCAGCAAUAGCUGCCCUAUCUUUCACCGUCCUCACCUCCUCCCUCUCACCAGAUUCCUGGCAGAAACUAGUAUCUCCUGGCCCUGUGUAGCCCAGCAGGUUGCUCAAGCAGCUUGGACUCUACACAAUGCAACAACCAGCCCAGUGACAUUCCCCUGCCAAGUGCAGACCAGUAAGGACCAGUGCAGGCAUGCUGGCUGUGCCCAUGAGGACCAGGGCAAUCCACAAGGUCAAGCAAGCUGCAUGGGCACACUGCUCCGUGUCACCAUGUCACUAGUAAACCAGGAAAAACUGGCAAGAAAAAAUAACAGGGAAGUCAAAGGUCUUGCGCUUGAUGCAUUUGUGUGUGAGCCAGGUGUACAGAGCUACCUUGUACCAAGAUGAAAGCUACCUAAAUAGCAUAAAAAAAAAAAAAUCCAUUUUACAGCAAUCAAUCUACCAGACACCCACCUAAAAAACUCAACGAGCCUUCUUCUGAAAGCUUUGCUUUACAGACCAGCAACAGACACAUUUGUGGUUGUUCCGUACCGCUGGUACAACAAGGAGCCGAAGGUUCACUCAUGUUUCUCUUGCUCCUUUGCUCAGCUCGCUGUUAUCAGAGCAGACAAGAACAGUAUCUCCCCAGUGAACACAGUGCCAGGCUCUCCACCCACCGCUUCCUCAGAUGUCAGAAGUGAAACUUGAUCUGUACUUGGAAAGGACACAAGGGAAAAUGCAGUGGUUAUCAGCUCAGUCUCUGUGUUGCAUAGCCCCAGCUACAAAACUGAUUUGGGGAUAUUGGCAGUGUGUUUUGCACAAAAAGCUGAAUAGACACCUCACCAAGCUGCAAGGACAGGUGUGGACAAGUUUCUGAGCUACGAGUGAAACUAGCUGCUCUGGGCAACUUUUUUUAAGGCUUUGCUGUGUCAGGGCAAACUCCCACCCUCCUUGGUUCAGGAGCUGACCUCCCAGCUGGCAGAAUAGGCUCAAACCUCAUAUAUAACUCAAAGCAAGCACGGAAGAGAAUGACACUGUUAGAAACACUGAUCUUUGUGGUCUUUCAUAGGAACCAGGCCAAUACAGGGUACAGGCAGCCAUAAACCAACUGGGGAAAUGGAGAAUAUCAGUACCUCCAGAGGAGUACAAGAUAAAAUCGGCAAAAGUACUUGCAAAACAGCUUAAGAGCAGCUUCAUGCGGAAUGUGACUGCUCCUGUAGCAGUUUACAGACUAGCCCCUCUCAAACACUGAUCAGCUGUAAGCACCUUAUUGGUGGUAGGUCUCCUGCCAAAGCUGCUGGGAGGGCAGUACACCACACGAACACCCAUGUACUGUGGAUGAACUUGUGCCAUCAGGGUUUCUGAACUGCACUCUCCUCAGUACGGACAAAGGUUGAUCCUUAGCCAGGCGUUCUCCAGAAAGGUCUACAAAGCAGAGCUCCUGGAAAGCUGAGUCUAUUUUCAGUAAUAAGAAAUGGAGGUUGUGCUGGCAGUCUCAGGACAGGAGCCAGCAAUCACUCCUUCCUGCCAGUCCAAAACAAGAUUAGCUGCUGUUGUCCCCACAUCCCCAAAUAUCCCUGCUCUAUUCCUAGUAAGUUUCUAAAAUGUGCAGAAAAUAACAAAUGAACAAGCUUAAUUUGAAAGCUUUGUGAGAUAAAAAGGAAGCGCUCAACUUCUUUCUUUGCAGUGACAGGGUCAAAGGUGCAGAUGCUGGUAACAGCAGGGGCAGGUUGAAGCAACAAACAUAAAUGUGUAGUAUAGCCUAUGCUGAAGAAACCAAGAAGAGCAAGGUCACACUUAGCUGUGAACUUGGAGUCUGUAUCCUGAAAGACAUGGGCAAGUUUUAUCACUUUAUUUCUCUUCCUGAAGAGAAACUUGUUUUUAGACUGUUAGGGUAGGGUUUUUUAUUAUUAGAUGAAAGUUAGAGCAGAAAAAAAAGCAAGACUAGAGAGCACAUGAUUCUGAAAUGCUUUGAAAAAAGUCAAUAGCACAGUCCUUAUCCAAAAUCCUGUGGUUAGUUCUCAUUGCUUCACAUUAAAAGGACACAAAAAAAGAAGAGUUAGAGGCACAAAAAGGAUCCUUAAAAAGGCACAAUCAAGUGUUUGUCCAUACAGCAAUGAAAGACCUCCACAGAAUUGCUGGGCAAGAGGAACAUAUUUAAGUAUAACUAAAAUAUUUCAGUUUUAGCUCUAUCCUCAGAACUCAGGAGUUUGUUUCGGAUUUAAAGCACCCUCUGUAUGGGAAUUGCACAAUAUGCUCAAGUGACUUGCAGCUGUGAUGUAUAAAAAGCACAUACAUCACACCGUUUUACUGAUCUUGUUUGCUUGACGAGUAGAACCUCUGUAUUGGAUAACACAGGCAUGUGAGAAACUCUAAGGCACCUCAUCACUAUGUCUGAGACUCCCGCUUUGUUGUGAGAAAGGGCAUAAGGCUGUGCCUGCUUGAAGCCUUGAAACACAGGCAAACACCACAGGCCCAGCGAUCUUCUACUAGCGCUGAAGCGCUGAAUUCUGUAGUGCCUGCGUCUCCACUUGUGUCACCUCUGCCUGGGAGCUUAGAUGCUGCUUCGGAUAUCCCCUAGCAGCGAGGUAACUAAAAUAAAAUUUGCUCUUUGCAUUUGUGGCCUCUGGCUCCUCGUGCAACAUGCCUGCGUUGGUUCACACACCCUCCAAGAAGACAUUUGAGAAUUAAAAGCUCAGUGAUUGGGAUUCCCACCAUAAAUUAGUGAAGUUUUAGGUUAUCAUGUUUCAGACAGAAGUCCGUAACUUCAGAAAAGAUAACACAGGUCACUGUCUGACCAGGCUACUUUGUAGAUGCUCUUCUGAAGCUUUUUGACAGAAUGUUCACCUAUAGCCCACUGAUUUAAUCUGAUUUAGCCAUUCCAGUGCUGUGGUUAACAAAAAACAGAAGCAAAAUUUGCAUUACAUGCAAAUCCCUGCAUCCAUGCCACUAAGUUUAAAAUGGCCAGAAGUUUACACCUGGAUGACAGACAAAGCAUCAGCUAAUACAAAUUGUGCUGUCUGAAAUAUCGAAACUCCACUGUAUUAACAGCCUAAGUGACAGAAAAUUUGGGAGCGUUUUAGUAAGAAAGCACUCCAACUAGUAACUACUGGGGGCUUAUUUGACUACCACCCACUGAAAUUUGAAUGGAGCACAAACAUCUGCAAUUUAAUAUUCUUACUAACUUGAAGAAGGAUAAGUCCACAAAUGGAAAGAAGGUGGCAAGAGAAAAUAAACAGGUAAUGGCUCAUAUGAAAUUGAAUAAUUACAUCCUGUAUUCUGCAGCAACAGCCAACCUCAGCUAUCCCACAUGCUACGAGCCCAUGUCAGUGUUUUAUUCUGAAUACCGCUAUACUGCUCUUGACAGGACUAAUUUGUAUUCCAGGAUCCCGGAUGCUUUGGAAGAGAGGAUUACUUAUAUUGCCUUUUUAAUGGGUGCUGGCUCCCUGGCACAUUCCUGCAGGAGUCAUUGUAUCCUUGCAUGAAGACCCACUCAGUCUGCAGCUGCGCUAUGAACACCAAGGAAGGAAAAAGUUAAAUAAAUCACACCAGAAAUUAAGACCUCACAUCAGCAGCUGCAACAGUCAAGGGGAAGAGCAGAGAACUUACCUGAAUUAAUGUGUGGCCCAGGGAGCUGGCUGUGAAAGGCCAGAAUAGGAAGGCUUGGCACAGGACAGAUAGUGAAGCUUUUGAAUACAAGUAAAGGGAUUGAGGUUAUUUCCUUUAGAGGGACAGAGCCAAAGCACAGCAUAAGUAAUCUGGCUGCAUUAGGUUUCUCCACAUCCUGUGGGAAUUAAAAUCCUUGGAGAAAGAAAUCUUCUGUUUUUAACACAGUAUUGUGCAUUAGGAAACUUAAGGGAACACAAAUAUUUUGUUCUUCUAACUUGAUGGCACAGCUGUCUAGAAAUGGAAGCUCUUCAUCCUUUAUCAAAUCAGACACUUUAGCAGUAGAACUUGGAGGCCUCAUCUUCCCAAACCCUGAACAGCCAUUUGUUUCAGCUUAUUUUCAUCUCAGACUAUGCUUUUGUAUGGAACCUGAAUGGCAUGCUAGAAACAUCACAUUAUCAGGUGAGCACAUUUUUUCACCCCUCUCAAUAUUAGUCGUGCAACUGAGCAGAUACUGUCUUACCACUCACUUAACAUGCAUGAGGUUUAAGAGGUGAGGAAAAAAAAAAUUAAAAUCCCUUGUUUUACAGAUGAAGAAUGACACCAAGUAUUUCUCAACUCAGACUUCUCCAGUGAACACUUAACAUUUUUCACAUUCCAGUCCACUCCCAGACUAUUCCUUAUGGAAGCAAAGGUAGGCUGGGAGGAGCCUAGAUUAAACAUGUGGUCUUAAUUAAGAACAAAAAUAGCAUACAGUAGAAGAAAUUAUGGAAGUGAAAAACACAUCACUUCUAACAUCAGAUGUUCUUAGGUGAGAUGCCACAUAUCAGAUCACUUCAUCCAGCUGUGCAUCUCUCACCGUUUUCAGCCCCCGAGUCUGGAAGAGGAAUGCAGGUCUGGUGACCUGCACUGGCCCCUUGUCCCCCAAGUGCCUUCUUUCCAGGGGCCUUGCAGCACUGCCUGUCCCUUGCUUAGACAGGAUUCUCCACUCACUCUUGAAUUUCACAGCACAUCAGGUCACACAACACACUUCUCUCAUGCUGUUAUUCAGUGAGGCCUUUCGAGUCCUGGAGCAAGACAACCCUUGAUGCGGGACAGCACUGCAGCACCGGCAGCCAACCAACACACAGGAAACGCUCCAGGGAGCACCAGAUUGCUUUUCCCUUCAUGCUGUUCCUUUUCUUUGGGACUGUUGCUACCAGGGGACCCAAAUUAACAAGGUUUGUUUCCCUGAUGCUGACACACUUUUGCCACGUAUUAAGAGGGCACUAGCAGCUCUUCUGUGACAACACACAAGUGUGUUGUUUGGUCACAGUAUCAAUCAUGCAAACUGAUAUAGGCAACCACUGCAAGACACAUUUUACAGCAGGACUCUUAAGUUCCCUUUUACAAACCCGAUAUGUGAAGGUGGGAGGCUCUUAACUGAGGCACAGCUCCAUCAAAAUCAGAACAAUGAUAUUUUGUGCUUUCACAACUCUUUGCAGUAAGCUGAGCCCAUAACUACUAUUUUAUUUUCCCAUGCCUUCUUGCACACUGUUUCUGGCCAGAGCCUUGCCAAUGCAAACAAGAUUAUUUUUGAGAUUAUUACUACCUCUGUAAUUGUCAAAGGGGAAUAAACCAAUAGACUGGGCAGACCUAAAAACCUGGAAUGGCUAAAAAACCCACAAAUAGCUACAAAAGUGAGAAUACAAGGUAUUUUCAAAAGAGGGCAGGACACAAAAAAAUCCCAAACAUGUUUAAAACAAACGUGAGCAUGUUCAUGUUCCCAGACUUUGACAUAUUAUUUAACAGAAGAGACUGAAUAUCUCCUGCUAAGCCAUCAUAAUAUUCAAACAAGUUCAAGCACUGUUCACAAGAAAACACACAGCAGGAAAAGGAGCCAGUUGCAUUUAAUUACAACAAAGAGGGUUUCAGCCAGUUACAAGCCAGCUUACCCCAAACAUUGUCCCUUACUAAAAGACAGACUUAGUGACACCACAUUAAGUUGUAUCAUUCCUUUCAUAAAGCAGGACACCCAAACACUUCCUGAAUGGUUUCUUCUAAAUCACCCUAGCAAUACACUCUGUCUUGCUGUGAUGAUAUAGAAAGCCAAAAAGCAACUAUUCCCACUUCUUGCAUAUAAGGAAAAAUAAAUAUAAACAAGGAUUAGAGUAUCAUGAGAGAAGAUGAACAGAUUCCCACCUCAAUAUAUUGUCUACCUCUAAUGAACAGGGAUCAAUAAAAACAGACCCUUAAAAAAAAAAAAAAAUCACACACACAAACCCACCACAACAAAACAAAACACCACACGAAACACACAAAGUGGAAGAGACA